CUCAAACCCUGCAGUGUUGCCAUGUGUGUGUGUGUGUGUGUGUGUGUGUGUGUGUGUUCAGAGCUGUGCAGAGAGCAGAGACCAUCACAAUCACUGAUGACGUUUACAUCCAGAGGCGCUUAUAGACCCGAGUUAGAGGUUUAACAUCAUUAAACCAACAUGGGAGUAAGUGACAUUAUGAGGCUGGAUGCGAGCUCGGUUUGGCUGCUGCUCUCGGGGGUGUUGCUCGCAGCUGCCAUCUUUUGUCUCUACAGUCUGAUUCUCAGACAUUUAGUGAAGACGACCGUGAGGAACAAAGUGCUGCUGAUCACAGAUUCACUCUCAACACUUGGACACGAGUGUGCAAAACUCUUUCACGCUGGAGGAGCCAGACUGAUCCUGUGUGGAAGUAACUGGGAAAAGCUGGAGACUCAAGCUGAGAGACUGAUGAGUGAAUCGGAUCCAACACUUACAUUUCCACCCAAACUAGUGGAGCUGGACUUCAGUGACAUGGAGAGCGUUCCUGGGGUGAUCUCUGAGGUCCUGGACUGUUACGGCUGUCUGGAUGUUCUCAUCUUCAAUAGCAGCAUGAAGGUGAAGGCUCCCGUACAGUGUCUGUCCCUCCAGAUGGACAGGAUCGUCAUGGACGUGAACUACUUUGGGCCGAUCACGCUGCUUAAGGGUGUUCUCCCGUCACUGAUCUCCAGAAGAACAGGCCACAUUCUUCUAGUCAACAGCAUUCAGGGGAAAAUGACGGUUCCCUUCCGGGCCACCUAUGCUGCCUCCAAACACGCCGUUCAGGCUUUCUUCGACUGUCUGCGGGCUGAGGUUCAGGAAUAUGGGAUAACCAUCAGCACCGUCAACCACACCUUCAUAAAAACUCCCAGCACAAUCUCAGCGGAAGAAAUCACAGCAAAAACCAAGUGGACAGCAGACUUCAAAACCAAGUCUGUUGGAGUGACUCCUAAAGAGAUGGCCACUGAGCUCCUGAAGACUCUGAGCAGCAAGAAGAAGGAGGUUUUGAUGGCCCGCUCCAUCCCUAAAGCAGUUCUCUAUGUCAGAUCUCUCUUCCCCAACCUGUUCUUCGCCAUCAUGGCAGCAGGAGUCAGAAACACUGCGGCUGUGGAGACGUCUGGUGACUGAAGGACAAUGGGUUGAUUAGAGUUCAUCUACAUUGUAUACAAUUAAAGAAUGCUGCACUGUGCUGCAGUAUUAAAACAAAAUCUAUCUAUCUAUCCAUUCAUCCAGGGGUCAUGCAGGGGGAUGUUGUCAGUGGUGUUGGUCAGAUGAGACAGAUAAAUAAAUAUAUUUUUAGCGCC